GGCCGUCUAGUCGUUAUCUUCUCUAUAAAAUAAUGUUUGGGGCAGUUCCUUCCAGGAGGAACAUUCGUCUGCCUCCGGAAGUCAGCAGGAUCCUCUAUCUAAGGAACCUGCCAUUCAAGAUCACUGCAGAGGAAUUGUACGAUAUUUUUGGGAAAUACGGCUCUGUCCGUCAGAUUAGAAAGGGGACUUCAGCAACGACUAGAGGAACCGCAUUUGUCGUUUACGACGAUAUCUACGACGCAAAGAACGCCUACGACCACCUGUCCGGAUUCAACGUAGCAGGAAGGUACCUUGUCGUUUUGUACUUUAAUCCCACAAAGGUUAACAAGAAGAAGGACCUAGAUGAACAACAAGCUGAGCUGAAUAGAAUUAGAUCGGCGCUGUGACCGCCUUAUUUAAAAUUGUAGUUUUUGC